AUGGUUAGAGAUACUUAUUAUUACGAUAUACUAUCGGUAUCACCUACUGUCACAGUAGAAGAGAUAUCCCGUGCUUACAAAAGACAAGCACUACGCUGUCAUCCAGACAAAACAAACCAUGAUCCGCUUUUAACUGAAAAAUUCAAAGAAAUGACUCGAGCUUAUGAAGUUUUGAAAGACUCGAAACAGCGACAUAUCUACGAUAAGUAUGGUAUAGAAGGGUUGGAGCGUAUAGCCGUUGACGACUCAACGCCACCGCCCUCACCACUGCACCAACACCAACACCAACACCAACACCAAUCAUAUGAGUUUGAAUUUGGUGCUCAUCCUUUUUACACACACAGUGGGUUCCCAGCAUAUCGUCAUCCUUUUGGUGACAACAACAACAGCAGCAGCAGCAGAGCCAGCAGAAAUAUGGCUGGUGGAAACGAUUUCUUCUCCCAGGUAUUUCAAGACAUAAAUACAAUGUUUUCCAAUUCAAACACUUUUUUCACUUCCCAAUCGUCAACUAGUGGUGGAUCCUAUCAAACACGCUCUACAUCAUCAUCUACUACUUCCAAUUCUUCUUCACAGCCUUUAUUUGGUGCAACCACAAUGAAAAAAAUUGUAAAACCAUAUGGGGAACCUAUUUAUAACCAACAAUACAAAGGAGAAGAUAUCCAUCAUCAAUGUGAUGUAAGUUUAAGUGACUUGGUCUAUGGUAAAACCAUCAAAUUGUCUUUAUCUAAGAAUGUAAAAUGUACCAAUUGCCAAGGUUACGGUGGACUUAACCCCGAAGUAUGUAAAACUUGUUUGGGCUCAGGAAAAGUAAUGACUAUACAAUAUAAUAAUUUCACUCAGCACCGACAAACAGGUUCGUGUCGAACUUGUCAAGGAGUAGGCAUAUAUAUCAAACCUGAGCUCAAAUGCAUGUACUGCCAAGCAUCAGGAUAUAACGAAGAAACGAAAAUUAUCAAGAUUAUUGUUCCACCAGGUACUAAAACAGGUGACAAAAUCAUCCUCAAGGGUGAAACCGACGAAGGGAGAAAUAUUAUCCCAGGAGACUUGAUUGUAGAAAUUCGUCAAAAACCACACCAAUACUUGACUAGGAAAAAUGAUGAUUUAUAUAUGGAUUACAAUUUAGACUUGAAAACCGCUUUAUUAGGUGGCGAAAUUAUGAUUGCUGAUUAUUUGCGUGUGGGACAGUUUCUCAAAAUCUAUAUCAAUUCACAUGGACAUGGUAGUUUGAAUGGAGAGAAAAUACAGCAGGGCGAAGUUUUGGGAACUAUAAACUCUGGUGAACCAAAAGUCGUUAAGGGGUUGGGUAUGCCCAUUAAUAAUGAGAUAUUGAACAAUGGUGGAAUCAUUAUACAAAGCAAAUCAACAAAUGAAGCUUCCUCUUUACUGUUUUCAAAUUUCAAACGAGGUAAUCUAUAUAUCAAUUUCCAUGUUCAAUUGCCUUCAAUUAACGAAUUUUCAAAACAAGAAUUGAUAAAUCUACAAAAUGUGUUACCCAACAAGUCUUCUUCAUAUAUUCCAAAAACAACAGAACGAGUUAUUGAAUCUCACUUGUCAAAUAUUCCAGGAACGAGUAAGGCUAAUCCUAUUCAUAUUGAUUUCACACCAAGCAGAUCUUCAAGCCCUGGAAAGAGACACCAUUACAACGACGACAACUACGACAACUACAACAACAAUAGUAAUGAUGAUGUUUUAAUGAGUACAGGCGACAAUGAACCUGUAAGAAAACAUCCUGAGUAUGCUGAUGCAACUGAUGAAUUAACUACCAGAUUAAGGAGUGCUAACACCGCUACUACUUCAACCGCUGCUGCUACUACUUCAACUGCUGCUGCUGCUGCUACAACUACACCUUCUUCCAACCCUUCUGCCGCUGUUCCUCCCUCUCACCCAGAGCCAAAAAGAAGAAGAUUUGAUAGUGGAUCUACACGCCACGAAAUCCCUAGUGCUAUAUAA